AUGCAAAUUUUCGCCACCGUCGAACGUCUCGACACAGAAACUCUCCAAUGGGAACGUGCUCCAUCGAUGAUUCAACAGAGAUGUCGUUUCGGUGCGGCCACUUUCAAAGGGAAGAUCUACGUGGCCGGUGGAUACGAUGGCACUUCUUUCCUGAAAUCUGUCGAGGUCUUCGAUCCGAACGAAGGCAAAUGGACACCAGUCUCAGCGAUGAAUAUGCGGAGGAGUCGAGUCUCUCUUGUCGUUACGAAUGAGGGAUUAUUCGCGGUUGCUGGAUUCGACGGUGAAAACAAUCUGUGUAGUAUGGAACAAUACGAUGACGUAACCGAUCAAUGGACAGUCACCACACCGCUGACGUGUCAUGAAGGCGGAGUCGGUGUCGGUGUCAUCCCAAUGCCUCCUCAUAUGCUAUGA